CACUUGCGCAGCGCAGCGGUCGACCGUGUCCACGCGGCGACGAGCCGACGACGCGGCGACGGCGAGAGAGGCCAGGGAACCCGCGGCGGCGUUUCGUGCUCCGGAGCACGUGCCCGCCUUGACGGGUCCCGAGGCCGUCGCGAUCGCGGAAAAAGCGCAGGGCACCAGCGCCGUUUGCUCCUCCUCCUCCCCGGCGGCCUCCUCUUUAUAAACCCCUCCUCCCCUGGCUCCUCUCCUCUCCACACAGCUCCCGCGCAGCAUCACCACCGGAGCAUCAGGGAGCACGGGAGAGAGCAGAGCGCCACAGGCCGUCCGAUCCUCCGCGCGAAGCAGAUCAGAUGGCUCUCGCUCUCUCCGGCUCUGCCGCGCUCCGCGCCUCGCUGGCCCCGCGGGCCGCCGCCAGGGGCUACGCGGCGUCGGCGGCGUCCGGGGCCAUGCGGCGCGCGGCGGCCGCGGCGGAGGGCGCCGCUGCGGGGGAGGCCAAGGAGGCCGGGCGCGGCGCCGCCGCCGCCGAGAUCUCCUGGGUCCCCGACCCCGUCACCGGCCACUACCGCCCCGCCAACUGGGCCGCCGCCGCCGACCCCGCCGACCUCCGCGCAGCGCACCUCGCCCGGGCCUGAGCCCCGCCCGCCCCCGCCCCCCCGUCUGACAUAACAUACCAAUUACCAACAAAGGGGAAGGUGGGGUGGAGGUGGAGGUUCGUUUGGCGUCGUCGUCGGCCGCGCGCGCACGUGCUGUCACGGCGGCGGCCCGGCAUGGCCGGGAAGUCGUCUCGGUCGGACGCUUGACGCCGCUACAUCAUCUCGGCCUCGACCAAUCGGGAGAUACGGUACAUGGAGGGGCGGCCUCUGGUCGCCGUGGCGUGCGUGCGUGCGUGGUGUGGGCUGGACGACGCCCUGUUCUUGCUUCUCGCUGGAGCUCUCCUACCAGAUUCGGAUGUACUACUACUACGCUGCAGAGAGCGGGCAGGGUUUCGCUGCUGUUCUACGUUUUGUUUGUCGCUAUCAGUUACCACCGGAAAUAAAAAGUUGCGGUUUGUUCUAAUU